AUGUAUCCAAAUGGAUCUGUCCUCUCACUGGUCCUGACUUUGCACUCUCUGGAACUGCCUGAGACGACCAUUUAUCCUGCAUUCAUAUUUGGAUUAACAACAUACUUGUUUAUCUUACUCUGCAAUCUCACAAUUAUUAUUACAAUUUGCAUGAACAGAAAUCUUCACAAACCAAUGUACAUACUGUUGCUUAACCUGCCAAUCAAUGAUGCAAUGAAUGCUACAAGCCUUUUUCCUCACCUGCUGUAUAGUAUAUGGUCUCAGGACAGAUCAAUAUCCUAUCCUGCAUGUUUUCUUCAAGGCUUUUUCGCACACCUGAAUGGUGGAGCAUCUUAUCUUAUUCUUACUGCUAUGGCCUAUGACAGGUAUAUCGCUAUCUGCUGCCCGCUGAGAUAUGGAGCCAUUAUGACUACCAAUAACUUGGGGAAAAUCAUUACUGGGAUGUGGCUUUUAAAUUUUUUUCUUAUAAUAGUAGUUUUCUCUCUUCUAUUACCUUACAGGAUUUGCCAGACACACAUGACAGAUCUAGUCUGCUAUAGGUUAACUGAUAUUUUAUUUGUCAGCAACCCAGGUUGUAGCCUAAGUAAGAUGAUGCUGGAUAUGGCUAAAUGA